ACCAAGUCAAUUAUUUAUAUCCCCAACUAUACAAUCUACUCAAAGCAUUGAACUAUCUCUUUCUCAACCUACCUACCCACCUCACACGGUGACUACCAGUUCAUGCAGCUCUAAGCUCUUCACAAUGUCAUCAUCGCCGCCACCAACUCAGCCGUGAAAGCAAACACAAAAAGCAGAAAACAAAACCCAUUUGAGCUUAGGAUUUUUGUGACUUUUUUUUUUUUUUUUAACAUAUAUAUUCUUGUGUAUGCACUAAUGGCAUCGUCUCAGGAAUCUCAGCCAUUUCGCUGGAGACUCACGGACCUUGACGACCGGAGCUUCGAGAUCCGAGGCCGUACGCUCUUUCUCAUUGUGGUUCUUUUCUCUGUGAUGCUCCUUUUCACUCUUCUCUUCCUCUACGCUCGCUGGGUCUGUCGCUACCAUCACCCUUCAAGCCACGCGCCCCACGCGCCGCCGCCUCCGACAACACGGUCAGCUGGGCUUGACCCUUUGACCAUUCGAAGCUUGCCCAUGAUCUUGUUUCGGUCUUCGGAGGCUCCGAAGUCAGGGGACCUAGAAGAACAAGAAGAGCAAGAUGUAGAGUGUUGUAUAUGUCUCGGUGUUUUUGAGGAUGGUGAUAAAGUUAAGGUUUUGCCUUUGUGUAAGCAUUGCUUUCACGCUGAGUGUGUGGAUAAGUGGCUUUGUAGCCACUCGAGUUGUCCUUUGUGUAGAGCUUCUCUGCAAGAUGAGUCUCAGGUUGAUUCGGCAAUUUGACAAAUUGUAGUAGUACAAUGAAUGAGUUGAACAUGAACACCGCCCAUGAGCAAAAUAUAGCUUCCAAAAGUAGCUGCUUUUGAUGGGGUAAAUUAAUUUUUGUAAAUUGUGUUGUCAAGCUAGCAGUGGCCUGUUUUUGCAGUGUAUUUAAAUGUCACUAUUAAAUCUUUCUUUCAUGGGGUU